GAUUCCAGAAAAUGUGAAAGCGAAAGUAGAAGUUACGACUCUGAGCAGCUGUUGAGUAGAUUACAGGGAAAAGUCGUCAACAUGGGAAGCUAUUUUUCUACUGACAAAAGUUCCACUAAAAACCUCCUUACAGAUGCAGACACUGCAGUGGAAAACGUGACGAAAGGACAGGAUGAUCUUUAUAAAAAGUUUCAAGAUUUGAUGCAAAAAGAGAUGCAAAAGCAACAGACUGAUGUGGCUGCUCUUAAGGAGGCACAAUAUGCCCUGAAGAAACAUCUGAGUAAACCUGCGGGAGAUACUUAUGCAGGAAAAGCUUAUAGGCCUAGUCAACAAUGUGGCCUUAAAGAGCAAGACGGUGACUGUGAGUGCGUCAAGAAAAAUAAGAAGUUAACGGAAGAUAUCACAAGCAAAGAAAAAUAUAUUAAAGACUUAGAAUCAGAACACAAAACAUACAUUAAAAAGUUAGAAUUGGAAAACGAGAGACGCAUUAGAGACUUAGAAACGGAAAACAGAAGACAUAUUAGUGAAUUGGAAACGGAAAACGGAAGACGUAUUGGAGACUUAGAAACGGAAAACAGAAGACGUAUUAGUGAAUUGGAAACGGAAAACGGAAGACGUAUUGGAGAAUUGGAAACGGAAAACAGAAGACGCAUUAAAGAAUUAGAAACGACAAGAAGUUGUGUUGCUAAAUUAGAAUCAGCAAGGAAUGAACAAGACACGCAAAAUCAAAAAUUGCGGUCAGAAAAGAGAACAUUAGAGAAAGAUAAAAAUCAAUACAAGUCUGAAAAUAUGCAACUUCACCAGGAAAUGACUCGAAAGACUCGCCAGAUUCAACAACUGGAGGACGAGGUCGCAUCAUUGAAACACCAACUGCACAUGGUGAAGCAAAAGAAAGUAUCUGUGUCUUUGUAUUGCGGAAGCCAGGCCACCCUGACGGAAGCCUCAGAUGAGUUGAAAAGGAUGUUAGGUUUUCACUGGGAAGCCCUUGGGAUAGAAGCCACAGUGGACCAAUGUCUCGAUCCUCGGACACAUCCUGCCAGCACUCCACUCAUUGUACUGUGUAUUAACGCCUCCCGUCUUGGUACUGACGUCAGCAAUGCUUUGCAGCAUAUCAACUGUGAGCCGUCUGUAGCCGUUGUCAUCCUUCACCAUAAGGAAAUGCAUGCCCUCCCGUCACAACCCAGCGAUAAGCUCCUAGUGGGGGCUCAGUACCGACAGAUUGGAGCAAUAGUAGACAUUGCUUUCCUAAAGGCCAAGGGCAUGUACGCCUGCGAUAUGAACGAGAGAGCGCUGGACAAACUAACCAACUUUAUUGGAAGUUUUGUUCGACAAGGUUGAUGGUUUGACAAUGCAUUAUAGGUUAAAAGUCAAAGUUGACGUUGCUUUCCUAAAGAAUAGGGGCAUCUAUACUUGUGAUAUGAACGAAACCUACAAAAUAUCCUGCACAUUUUGUUUCACAAGGUUGAACGUUUUGGUAAUGCAUUAAUGUAUGUAUAGGUCAAAGUUCACAUACAGUAAAGCCAUGUGUUACCUCGGCAGGUAAACAAAGGUACCUGUAAGUGUCACUGUUAAUAACCAGCGUAUCAUUUCGGAACAUCAACUGGUUUAUACAAAUUUUGAAAACGAGACUCAACAUGUUACUAUUUGUCCAUUCAUAUAUAUCCAGACCAAAUAUCAAUUAAUAAUAUUUAUAUAAAAAAGCUUACAUUUUGAAUGAAAUAAUAAGGAAUCUGCCUGUUUCAAUGAGGUUCAUUCAAACGAUCGUGAUGAGAAAAAUCCCGUUUAAUACGCAAGAUGACUUUUUAAGUACUUUUUGUACUCAGCAAGCGAAGCCCAGUUGUAAAGUGGAUUAGUAAGAAACAGGUCUUAUGAAAAAUUAUAUCUAAUGAUUUUCCAGUGGAUAAAAUUACAGCAUUCACAACAUACAAUGAAUAUAGACUCGAAAUGAGUGUUCAUUUCAUGUGCGAUUUUAUUAAACGAGUCUUAGCAGUUUAAUUUAAUUAGCUCGACUGCCCGCAGGCCAAGAGAGUUUUUGUCCUGAUGAGGCGUCCGUUGUCUCUCGUCCUUCCAUCAACUUUUCAUAAUAAUCGCUACUAGUCGUAAACACCUGAGCGUAUUUUGACCAAAUUUUGUGUGGCGCACCUUGGGGAAGGGGAUUCAAUUUCGUAUAGACUGUUGGUACCCAGAAGCAUGGGGUGCAGGGCUCAUUAGGGGAACUAUAGCAAAUUCUUCAAUAAAAGACCUGAGGGACAGGGCCCAAUAAGGGGAAUUAUAGCAAAUUAUCUAAAAUCCUUUUUUUUUUCUAUAGGAAUGAAAUAAUGUGGUCGAUAUUCGUUCUGAAGUUUCUUUGAGUGAAGUUGACCAAUUUUGUAUAUAUAGACAUCGGGUAUAGCCCCUGGGGGCCCGAGGGGGAUGGCGCAAUAAAGGGGAAAUAUAGCGAAUGGAAUGAAAGGAUGUGGUCGAUAUUUUGUCUGAUGCAUCUUUGGGUUAAAUGGAACCAAUAUUGUAUAAACGGUUGGUCCAGGGGCCUGAGGGUUGGGGCCCAAUAUUGGAAAUAUAGAAAAUUCUUUUAGAUCUUCUUCUGUAGGAACGAAAGAAUUUGAUCUGAAGCAUCCAUGGGUAAAAGGGAACCAAUUUUAUUUAAAUAGCGGGUCUGCCCCGUCACGUCAUUGGCCAUAGUAUGACGUCACAAUUGAUUUCCGACUUGCACAGCCAAUGGAAAAGGUCUAUGGGAAUAUUAAAGUAGAAGCGUAUGAAAACAACUGCUUAUUGACAGACCGAUUAUAUGAUUACAUUUGUAAUUAUUAUAAAAGAGAGCAAGCUUUCCUAGAAACCCUGAGAAAAGAAAGCAUGCAUCAUUUACAAUUCACUUUGUGUUCAUUCAUAUUUAUAUUUAUGUUUUAUUUACUUGACUGUAAAUACAAUUUGGAACACAUACUUAUACAUGUAUGUUGGUACCAUACGAUGCAGUAUUUCUCCAUUGUUUGUGAUGAAAUAUAUAAACUAAUUGUAAUAUAUAUAUACACGUAUUGUAUCGAGGGCUGAUUGACAAGCUGUGAUCCUCGUAUCUAUACACUUUUGCCAGCGGUGUUUAAAGGCCUCAAUGCUAAUUUUAUAGAACUCUUGGUUCUCUUUUCUCUUUUCUUGGCUGUUCAGAAAAUCAUCAACUGCAUGUUGGUGUUAGGGUUAGGGUGCCUGAAAUAGCUAUCAAUUUUGGAAAUAGAUGAAAGUCUAGAUCGGGUAAAUAAGGCGGAUGUUCAAUCAAUUCAAAGCCACAAUCGUGAAUGGCAGUCAUGGUUUCAUCCUAACCCUAACCCCAACCGAUUUUGUCCAUUUUGUAAAAGGCGCUUGUCGUGUUUACUUUAGAAUGCAUGGUACCACGUCAAUAUAAACUAACCAAAUGAGAACAGUCCUUGAGUACAUGGCCCUAUAUAGUCAGAGAAUAGCAGGACUUAAAAAAACAUCCUUGAGUACCUCCUUCAACUCACAACAUUUUUUUUUUAGGUACAAAAUACUUACAUUGCCCAGACAUUUAUGCAUAAAGAUCACUGCCAGGGUUGGGAACCUGGAAUAAGUGUCCGAACAAAUAUGUCCUGAUGCAAGAGGGCUCUCAUUCUACAUACAAUAUCGUACAAUGUACAAUUCAUUCAUUCGUUCGUUCAUCCAUCCCUUCAUUCAUUCUUCGUCCACUCACAACUUAUCAAUCAGCCCUCGUUACUCUUCAUCAAUCAUCUGUUAAACUAUCACCACAGCUAUGCGGUCGGUAAACCAUGGACUAACUAAAGCAGGCGGAACGCUGACUAUAGUCAGUGAGACGAAACCUAGCAAAAGGCGAAGUCAUAUAAGUGAUAAAAAAGUGACUAACUGUAGCCGACAGAAACUUACUAUAGUCAGUGAGACGAAACCUAGCAAUAAACAGAGUCAUGUAGGCGGUAAAACCAGCAACAAACUAAAGCCGACAGCACACGGAAUAAAGUCGGUGAGACGAAACCUAGCAAUAAACGGAGUCAUGUAGGCGGUAAAACCAGCAACAACAAAAAGCCGACAGCAUACGGAAUAAAGUCGGUGAGACGAAACCUAGCAAUAAGCGGAGUCAUGUAGGCGGUAAAACCAGUAACAAACGAACGCCGACAUAACACUUACUAUAGUCAGUGAGACGAAUCCUAGCCAAAGACGGCGUUAAACCAGUAACUAACCAAAGCCGACAGAACACUGAAUAUACAGUAGUGGGCGAGACGAAACCUUGCAAUAGGUGGGGUCAUACAAACCAGUCACUAACGAACGCCGACAAAACCCUGGCUUAUGUCAGUGGGACCUAGCAAUAGGCGAAGCCAUGUAGGCGAUAAACUAGUCACUUCCUUUAGCCAACGGAAUACGGACUAUAGUGGGGGAGAUGAAACCUAGCAAUAGGCGAGGUCAUGUAGGGGGUAAAAACUAACUUUAGCCAACAUAACACUGGCUAUAGUCGGCAUGACGAAGUCGAGUCAUGUUGACGGUAAACAACUGUAAAGUGCAAUUUCAUAAGAAUGACUCGGGAGAACAAAACGUUUGACAUAACUAUACGAAAUGGCUGAGGUUUAAUAGGGAAAUGGACAUGGAAGAAAUUGGCAAAAAGAAGGAAUUACUGAAUGUUUAUUUCAUGUGUAAUGAUGUUGAUUGUAAAAGCAUUCACCGCCUGAUAUGAACUAAUAAAAUCAUUGUAUUUCGAAA